AUGCUGACUCUAUGCAAGACGACCAUCCAUACCUUGCUGGACUUUUCUAACCACUCCACCGAAUGCCAGAAUCCUCCCUACUGCUGUCGGAAUAUCCCGUCCCCCGACGUCGAUGGCCUGCGCCUCCUCAUCGGAGACACCUCGAAGCUGCCGAACAUUGUCAAGUCCUCCGUUGUUGGCCCCGCAGGGAAGCCACCACACCGGACUGACCUCGGCACCCGCGACCUCCAUGACCUCGACCACAGCAACCUCCGCCUCUGCACUAAAAACCUCAGCUCCGAGAGCUGCGAGGACGGUAGGAUCGGGAUCAAAGAGAUCGGAGGAAGGAUGCCAGAGGAGGAUGAUCGGAGACCGGAGGCGCGGCCGUGGGGGAGGAGGAGGAGGCCACGAUGGUGGAGGGUGGAGGCAAAGUUCCUGCUACCACUACUAUGGCUGGUGGGGUGGGAUGGACGGUGGAGCCAGUUCAUGCAUGUGGUGUGGGAGGACAGUUGGAUCAUGCUUACGAAGUUCCGGAUCAAGCAGCCGAAGCUCCUUCGUGCCUCCUGUCGUGAAGAGAGGCGAAGAGGUCGAGGGAUGAAAUGA